AUGCCGUUCCUGAAAAUAGCAAUUCUCAUCGAGUGGAUAAACAUCUUCGUGCCUGGAGGGUUCGACCGAAGAAGCGUCUUUUUCUGGGGAUGUAGCUUCAUGAUAUUCGUUCAAGCUGCUGCUCUCGUCGGAAUUGUGCUGGCUUUGAAUCUUCAGUGCAAGCCUCAUAGGGCCAUCUGGGAUAUUCGAGUACAAGGUGAUUGUUAUGCAAUUAGCAAGAUACAAAUCAGUUCGGGAAUUAUUUUCUUGAUAUCUGAUAUCAUUAUCUUGCUACUACCACAGCAUAUUAUCUGGAAACUUAAGUUGAAGACGUCCAAGAAAAUCGGGGUGUCGAUUGUCUUCGGUCUUGGUCUACUCGCGUGCGUAUGUGCCGCGGUCAGAUUAAGCGAUACGAUGAAACUGGUCAACAAUACAGACGACGCGGUCUACUAUAUUGGCAUUGUGGGCUUUUGGGCAUUCGCCGAGAUGACUUGCGGUUUCUUCAUUUGUUGUCUCCCCUGUAUACCCAAAAUUCUUCACGACACCGGCGUUCUGCGUUCUAUCAAGCGAAAACUGGGUAUGAACACGGCUACCACCGCUCCCACCUCGGGGGAGAGGUAUGGCACCAAUGGUUCGUCUAACCGAAGGAAUUACGAGGCCAACCAUUCCACGUCGUACUACAAAUUGGACGAAGAUGGUGUACCUAUGACAACCAUUGGGGGUACGCAGUCGACAGAAUAUUUACACGGGGGGCAAAAUGGAAGCGACAUUAGCCAAGCAGCACACCCCUCCACCACACUCGGUGCUCAUUCUGCAGUGGACAAAGGCUCUUCCUCCAAGGCUUGGCGAGCAUGA